GAUAUGGUUGCUCACUCUCUGAUUGAGGGUAUUUGCGUCAGUCUGCAUGGGAGAUAUACUCCUUCUCUAUAUAUUUCUAUGGAUUUCCAAAAAAAUUUACAUCAGCAAAGCAGCCCUUUCUCCUGGUGUUUGAUUUAGCAUGAGUGAACCAGAAACCAAUGGCGCAGAUGAGCCUGGCAGAAAACAACCUUCAACACUGAAGCUUUUCGGUUUUCCUGUAGUUGCCUAUGACAAAGUGCCUGGAUUUGUUCCAGGAAAUGCAGAGUACAAGAGAUUUGAGUGCCAGUUUUGUCACAGAGGUUUUGCCAAUUCUCAAGCUUUGGGUGGCCAUCAGAAUGCGCACAAAAGAGAACGACGAGCAAAACAAUCCUCGUUUUUCGGCGAUCAUCAUCAUCAACAACAACAACGGUUUGUGACUUCUGGCCCUGUUAUCACGGCGCAUUCAGCUCGAUCAAGGCGGUUGAUUUAUGCAAGAGGGUCCACGAGCAUGACCGCAACUGAUCAUGCAGCUCGGUUUCGGGGUCUCUCGGCUACAUCUCUGCCAAUGCUACCUCAAAGGGGUCCUUGUCCCUUUCAUGUUGGCGGGUCGCAACAGGAUCAGGGACCUUUUCAAGUACAAGCUGAAGUUGGCGUGAGCUCAACAUCGGGUUCAUCAGCAGCUACGGAAGUAAAUGAAGGAGAUAACAUAGAUCUCCAUUUGAGGCUAGCACCGUCAUCCACUACCUCGAGAUGAGCCACUGGUCCCUAGGAGAACACAUCCUGAUUUUGAACUUCAGUCCUGGUUCGAGUCUGUUACAAGCUAAAAAAGGAAAAAAAAAUGUGGGUGCACAUGAUUGUGGUUUGUCCAAUUUUUGACUUCUUCUCCAGGGGGUAGAAUUGAUCUUGGCUGUUACUUUUCUUCCUCCCAGUUCCAAUUGGCUAAUUAACUGGCAAGUGCCCUGUUGCUCGUUGAGCCAGGAUUUGAACUUCUUGUUUUUUUCUUCCCUCGAAUCCUGAGGGGGCUCAAGUAGCAGAAAUACAGUCGAAGAGUUCACUAUGCAGUUGUAGUGUAACCCAGAA